UGCAUUUUCCGUCCAAAGUACUGCGUGGGAAUGAAGUCGUUUACCAAGUUGUUGCUCGCCGGCGGCGGCGUCAUCACGUUCGUGUCGGUGGUCACAGGUCCCCUGUCUGAAUGGAACGCUCGCCGAGAAGGCGCCAUCUUCCUCAAGAACCUCGAGAAGAAGGUGUUUGAAAAGGCGGCAUAAGUGCAUGGCGGAGGCGAUGGCCGUGUCCGUGACUGAAAUCAAACCAUCUGUAGAGGCCUCCAAUAGAACCAAAUAUAUGACUAUUCUUCCACUCAAA